GCCCGGCCUAUGGGGGCGAGCGGCGGAAGGGCGGGCAGGCGGUGCCGGGCUCUCGCCAAUGCCUGGGCAGCGGGGGCGGUGCCUGCCGGAGCCACCGCGCCGGCUUCACACGGGCUGCCGAUAGCCGCGGAAUCAGGGCGAGCGUGAGGUUGGGCUGGCGGGACCUGCCACCCCUCGAGAGCCGGUGCACAAUGGCUGACAAUAAAGCGAAGUCGACCAAACCUGUGAAUAAGACUCCUCCAAAGUCUCCUUCAGAUCCAGCAAAGGACCGAGCAGCAAAACGAUUAUCCUAUGAUUCAAACAGCUCCCAUGAGGGAGCCAUAGCAGGAGAAUUAAGUGCUUUGGAAGAGGCCUUUAGAAAAUUUGCUAUCCAUGGUGAUACAAGAGCCACAGGAAAAGAAAUGCAUGGGAAGAACUGGUCAAAGCUAUGUAAAGACUGUCAUGUGAUAGAUGGGAAGAACGUGACAAUCACAGAUGUUGACAUUGUCUUCAGUAAGAUCAAAGGAAAGUCUUCCAGAACUAUCACUUUUGAGCAGUUCAAGGAAGCUCUUCAAGAACUCUCAAAGAAGCGUUUCAAGGACAAGAGUGAUGAUGAAGCAGUUCAAGAAAUAUAUAAACUAAUUGAAGGAAAAGCCCCAAUUAUAUCUGGAGUAACGAAAGCCAUUUCAUCUCCAACUGUAUCACGCCUUACAGAUACAUCAAAAUUCACUGGUUCUCACAAAGAGAGGUUUGAUCCCAGUGGGAAAGGAAAAGGCAAAGCUGGCCGAGAAGAUCUGGUGGAUGAUUCAGGAUAUGUAUCUGGCUAUAAGCAUGCAGGCACAUACGAUCAUAAAGUACAAGGAAGCAAGUAAGGUUGAGGGUUUACAACACAGAAAGAGAAAGAGAUGGGGAAAGAGAAUAUAUUUGUAAGAAUGAUGUAGAUGAAUCCCAUAUGUUUUGGUUAUUGUGAAUGCUUAAGACUAUGUUGUCAAGAAGUUGUUUUCAGGAACUGGAACUGAUUUCAACAUCUGCUGAGCUACUUGCAGCACAACGCCACUUCAUUACAUUCCUCAUGUGUAUAUUGGCAAAAAUAAACAUAUAGGUACAAAAUUUACAUAAUUUUGCUGAGUGUUAGACACGCACAAAAAAAAAAAAAAAAACAAGGAAAAACCACCCACAAAAUUCAAGCAGUUAUAUCCACACUUUGUCAAUUUAAGCAAAAGUUUUCAAACAUUCCUAAAUGUCUAGUUGCCCUGAAGAUGUCAAAGAGAACCUCAUGAAAAGAGGGUCUUUCAUAGCAGCCUUUCUGAAGAAUAUCCCAUUAUUUAUGCAGUUUGAUUUGACUACUGGGUUUGGGCUUUUGAAAAAUGUCUUACAUGGGAUAUGGCACUUUCCUUAAAACAUUCAACAAUAUGCUAUUGGGGAGUAAGUGGUGGUAACAUACAAGGUUCUAGCCUGUAAAUGUCAUAUACCACUCAUGAAAAAAUGAAAAAAAAAACCCCACCCCUAUUUCUAGGACAAUAUAGGUUCUAAAGUAUUUCAUGUCAACAGAAAGAGUGGAAAAUACCAGCCCUUGUUUUCCUCCUGUCUAUAAUUUGUGCUUGUUACUGUAUGUACUGUAGCACGGUUCUGACUGGCUGGAUUUGGAUGGGGCUACUGUACUAACCUGAGAGAUGAGGAACAAGACAUUACUAAGAAAGUCUACUAAAGCUUUUUGCAGUCUGUUUUCAAGUUUGCACUGCCUCACAUUUGAAGUGAAGGGGGCAUUAAACUAAUAAUGCUUUAAAAUAAUUAUUAUGACUAAAUACUGCCAAUCAGAUUGCUAUUAAAUGAAUGUUAUUAUGCACAUACAUUGCCACAUAUUCCCUUUAAGGUAUAACUUAUGUGAAAAAAGUUUACAGCCCAUUGGAAUAAGGACAUUUAUAAUUAAUAUCCAUGUAAUCAGGUGCAGUUUGCCCACAAGAAUAUACUAUUAUGACUGGGACACAUUUUAUGUUAGAUUGUUUGAAGCCAAGGGAUUUGAUUCUCUGUUCACUUUUGCUGCCUAACUUGGGAGUAAUAAUAUUGAUGGGAAUGGCUUUCCACUGCUAUAGAAGGAGAACCAAUUCCACAGGUUUAAGGUACAAGCAGCUGAGUGUGAGCUGCCUGAGGCCCAGAAUGCCAAAACACCUUAAUAGGAAUAAAAAUAACUCAUUUUUUAUAUUGGGUAAAAAGGAGAGAAAAGGCCGUUCUGAUUUUCUGCAAGAGCUGAACACAUACCCUAAUGUAUUACUCUGCUUCUCUAAAAUGAUGAUUUUCAGUAUUCAAAACCAGCUUCUAUCACUCCUACUUUGCUUUCUUUCAAAAAGAGCUCAUGCGCUGAUUUUCAUGUGUAACUCUGAAUAAAGGUUAAUAAAUUUAUACCUCUCCCCCAACAUAUAUCAGCAUCCCACUGAGAAUACAUGAAAUUUAGUGAGCACUGUGUGCUGUCCUGUGCCAUGCAAGUUAACAAUCUGUAUUUGGUCAAUGUCCAGAAACAGAGCAUUGCUUUUCAGUCCUUAAACUGUUCAUGUUUUGUUUUUCUGACAUAGAAUGGUAGCUUUUAUUUGUUACUUUGCCUUCAAUGACCCUUUGAGCCCAUAUAUCAGCCUGAAACUAAAACAACAAUAGCAAAGGCAAGGACUUCCUUGUGAACUUGGAGAUUGGUUUUGUUUGUUUAUAACUUAUUUUGGGUUUUGUUUCGAGGAGGGAGGGAAGCUUGCCAAAAAUUCAGCUCAUGUUCCUGUAAAGAUUUAAAUGGCUUUCCCAUAGCUGGCUCUGGUUACCUGGAAAGAUUUUUUUCAUGUACCUAAGGAUGCUCCGGAUGAGAAGCAUCCAGCUUUGUGAAGCCUUUCCUAGAGUUGCCCAUUGUUCUUGAUAAAUUUCCAUGGAAUGAAGGAUUAUGAACUCCUGUGUUGCACUGGUUACCUGUCACACUCUGAGACAGAAGAUUGCAUGCUGUGAUAUCAGCAAAUUAUUCCAGUGUGGUAGUAAACUGCCUAAACAGAGAGAACCUUCUUCCACAUCACUGGUGCCUGUGCACCUGAAGAAGGCGCCGGAUUAGUCCUAGUUUUUAUGAAUAAAAAGGCUAAGCCUCUGACCUUUGAUACAUCCUUCAGCUAAGUUACAGGCAAAACCAGUGUCCCUGUUCUUCCCAUUGACUAUAAGACAUGACUCAUAACUCACUGAUAACUGAAGAAAUCUGGACCCAGCCUGAAUGAAGGGUGAAGUCCAGUCUACUGCAGAGCCCUUUCAGCAUGCUGUUUGUUGCUAGCUAGCUGCCUUGUGCGGCACAUCAGGUGAUACUUAACCUGAGCUACACAAGCAACAGGCUUUCUCAAGUACACAGAUGCUGAGUGUCAGUAAUGUCAGACUGUUGCUACAUAGGUGUGAUUGAUUGGGAAGGUUUUAAAGUAUAUUAGGUUUUAAGUUGCUAGUUCAUAGUGUGAGGGAGACCAGUGCACUCAUAGAAGGCAUGCAAAGGAUUGAGAGUGAGGACAGAUCCAGGCUAACCCUGACAAGAAAUUGAGCUACUAUUUGUUUAGGAGAAGCUGGUAGAACUAGCUGGGGUUCUGCCAGAGUUUACUUGGUAUUAUUUGUACAGUAUAAAAUCCCUGCCAUGCACCAAAGCACUACGUGUGGACCUGAUGCAAAAUUUUUGAAGUACUUUCAGUUGUGUACAAACUUUGGAUCAGGACCUGAGAAGAUGCUUCAGAUAGUAGUAUUCCAUUUUGAGGAACACACUUUCUUGUUUCUUCUUCAUUUCUACAGUUAGACAGUUUUAAAAUUCAAUUGAACAGAUGCAUGAAAAGAGGUCAGUCUAACAUGACAGUGACAAAUAGUUGUGGCUGAAAAGUACUUUGGAAAGAUUUUUUCCAUUUUACUACACUUGGUGUGGAGGAUAAAGGCUGUGAAUAAAAGCACCAUAUGCACCUGUGUAUGAGGGGUUUAGUCAGCUACUUCAGCUCUUACUUUUGCACUAAGAUUUGCAGCAAACUAUACCCCUAAAUACUAGCUUGAAUGUUAGCUGUAAGUUCUAGGCCUGCUUGGGAAUGAGGCAAAGUACAUUUUCUGGUUCAUCUGCCAUUCACUGAACUCUCAGGACAGCAAGUACAACUCAAUGAUGAGGGAAAGAAAGAGAUCAGGAGGUGACCCGUUUUCAAGCUUAAGUAUUGUAAAACAUAUGCUCUUCCUGUGCACCAUACUUCAGACUAUCUAAAUGUCAUGUCUGAAGUAAGGACAUGGGCACCUUAAUAAGGUUUACACUUUUUUUUUUUGGCAUCUCAACUCAUUACGUCUAACUUUCCUUUCUGAUUACCAGCAUCUUACACUAUGCAGCACUCUUCUACACAUCUUCUGUAGAAUGCUUCCUAAUUAUCUUUGCUUUCAUGCUUUCAUUACUGCUGAACAUGCUAACAAAAGAAAUAUAAUCAGAAAGUUCAGGUAGCUUUCAGCAAUAACUGCCUUAAAGAGCAAAUUCAAAUUAUGCUGUUCAUUUAAAAUCAAACCCGUAAAUACUAUGGCAGUACAUAAUUGUACCUGUAUCUCCACCUGAGGAUUAAUCUGACCAUCAAAGUCUUUGGAAGAUUGAGGACAAGAAGUAAAAAUCCUCACUGAGGAAAAAACCUCAUUGAUAAUGCAGCAUUCAAAUGUUUUUUAUUAGUAGUGCUUGCUUACCAAUUCCCUCUAGUCACUCCAUGUGCUUUAGUUCCUUGUUGAGAGUUUUGUAACAUACUUGUCAAUAUGGAAAUACCAGAAACAAAAUUAUUGUUCUGCUUUUUGUCUGUAUCAAAGCCAUCACAAGAGAAGCAGGCAUUAAAAACCGUACUGUUUCAACAGUCCUAUGUGAACAGUUAUCAUUAAUUGUAAUCAGAUAUUUGAAUAUUUGACAGUGGCCAAGAUCUAGCCACUUAGGGGUUUUUUUAGUCCUACAGUAUUUCUUGUCUCCUUUUCACUUUAGGGAAGGAAAGAGAGAUUUCAGAAGUACUCAUGUGUCACAACUUGUGUUUUUCAUCAGCAUAGAGAUUGUCUCUCAAAGAUAUUUUGGAUUGAAGUAUGAUAUUUCCCAUAUAUUUUACUGACUUUACCUAAAUUAGAAAUUUCUCUGACAACUUUUUGGCAUUAUAGAAAGCUUUGUUCAUGAACUACCAUUUCAGUCACCCAUAUUUUCUCUCUGUUGGCUCAGGUAAUAUUUUUUAUGGUAGCUGAAACUAGCCAGAACUAAAAGGCAAAUGACUGCUAUGGGUUUGGCUUGCAAGUGAUAGGUAUCUGUGCAUCUGUAACCAUCUGUAGGGAAGAUCCUUAUAUAUCUUUCUCUAAAACCAAAACAAUAGUUGUAAUUGAUAGGGUUUUUUUCCUUAAGGCUUGACAUAGUUAUCAAAUAUAUUUUAAUUCUUUGUGCCUGCAUGUAUGCUAUUCAGAACAUAACCCUGCCUUUCAGUGAUGCAUGUGUUCUGUGGGCAUGUGCCUGUCAUCCAUGAAUGAGAAUUCUGUUUGCACUGGUCAAGAAACAAGCCUUUUACCUUCAUGAUAGAGCAAAUGUAAUGUGUUGCACUAGUACGUGUCUUCUUAACUGACUGUUAACAUGUGUGCCAAAAUAAUUGCACCUUUGUGUAUAUUGUUUGUAGUGUGACUAUUAUGGUCUUGGUUUGUCUAUUAGUUGGUAAUAAGUAGUGUAAUACACAAGACUUGUACAGGUUGGUUUGUGUGUGCACAUACUCUUUGGAUCCAGCUAAGUAAUUAAACCAUGUAGAUGUUGAUCCAAACCUCAGAUCUUACUAGGGCCAAAUUCUAGUCCUGCAGCCAAUGCUGUUUAGCUUGGCCAGUUGGUAACACUGACAUUCGCCCUCCAUAGCAUGAAGGUAAAGAUCUAACAAGGCUUCUAUGUUUUUACAAGUUUACCCUGUCCCUAUUUCUAGGGGAAGUCCCUCUUCAGUGAUUCUGACAUAGACUUGAUGUGACAAGAAGUGUUUCUCCAUAGUGAGAAAGUAGGAGUGAGAGUGAAGGCAAGAUUUCUUCUGAGUGCUCUCAAGAGACCAUUUAAAAUUAUGCCUUGCAUGGGCCGUAUGCUUUUCUUUCCCCCAACUUUGUGAAGCAAGUUGGCACUCACUAUGUAUACAUGGAGUCGUUCAUCAUCAAUAGGUAUAAAGUCAUGGUGUAUUGAGGUGGGAACAAGAAACACAACUGUUACACAAUGCCUAUGGACUUGAGUCUUAUAUAGACUUUUAUAAAAUUAAAUACCUGAACAAUAAUGACAGAUCUCAAACUUGUAUGAAAUUCUCACAGUCUGGAGUGCCUCAACUUGAUACAUAUAUACCUCCUGUAUUUGGCUGCUGUAUUUGGAGUGUUUGCCCAUAAAAUAGCAUUUAGAUAUUCAGUUACUUAUUCUGUGCACCCCUAAAUGCCCAUUACCUAAUAUAGGGUGGGAAUGAUGGACCGGGAUGUUCUUUUUAAGUCAGAAUCCUAAAACUAGUGAGAGACCUUUGGCUGCAUUAAUGGUUGCCCAUUAAACUCAAAAACAGUGCUUUGAAAGAUGUCCCAGCUAAGAAUGGUGCUUCAGGAAGCUAAAGAAACUAUCCUGCAGAUAGAAGCUUCACUUCUUAAUUGUCCAAGUAACAUAGUUUUGCAGGGAGAAAUAACUGUAAUAUAUUGAUAUUUUUUCAUGGUUUUCAAAAUCCAUAUGGAAAAGGUGGAUUUUAAAACAAGUUUAAGAUACAACUCUUUGUUGUCAGAAAAGAUUUGAAUUGGCUUGUUUUAUUCAAACUGAUUGAUCAUCAACUCAAGAUAAUCUUUGGCAAAAGUGAGCCUCAUAAUAAAUAAAAGGAAAAAAAACAGCCUAUUUGCUAGGUAUUCUUGACAGACAUUUGAAAUACUGGUAGUCUGAAAUUAUUUUUGUUUGUAAAUAAAUUCUCUUUCAUAAUCAUGCACAUGUGCAUGCACACAUGCACUACUUUGGGGCAUAUUUAUGAGUGGCAAGACUACAGAAGAGGCUUUUUUCCUUGUAAUACCUUAGAUUUGGAAAUAGACAUUGAAAUGCCCAAGUGACUAACCUGAUUUGGAAAAAUGUUAAAACACCUACCAUAUUCAAAUAAUUGCAGAUAAAUAGCCAAUGAAUCAAUUUUCAAAUAUAGUUCUACAGCAUCUCUUUUUGUUACUGUAAAGCUUACAGCACUGAAUGAAGUGAAUUUUGUUGUAAGCAUUUGUAAAGGUCUUAAAGAUGAAGUUAGUCAUAAUUUACCCACCUUCAGUUUUCUUUAUUCAAGAUUUUUCUACUACUUGGCUCAUUUUUCAAAACAGAUCAUGAACACAAAUAAAAUUACCUUCAAGUUAAUUAAAAAUGUAUCCCUAAAAGUACACUCAUUCUUCAUCCAUCUUUACAUUUUGAUCAGGAGCUAUAAUAUCAAUGAGCAACAAAAUAAGAAAAAAGAUGGCAAUUUGUAUCCCCACAAUGAUGAAUUAUUUUAAGUCUAGUUUACAUCAGAUGAAUUUCUGUAUGCUUGCAUUUGCUCAAUGCAUUUUUUUUAAAAACAAAAUAAUUAAAUAAUGUGAAAUAAUGCAGCCUGGGCUCUGUUAAAUAAGGUUAUAUUAAUGCAACUGAAAUGCUGUAUGUCUGUAAUAUUCAUGCUAAAUAUAUACUAGCUCUUUACAAAGGCUUUCUAUAAAGUCAGUUAACCUACGGUCUCUGAUGUUCUGUAUGAAAUCCUGUUGGCAAACUGCUUCUGUUAGCACUGUAGUGUAUGAAAUGCCAAGGUUAUAGACAAAACAAGUUACAGAAUACAACAGAAGUGUAUUUGUGUUUGUCUUUGUGCUGAAUUCGGAAUACAGAAGCUUUGCCAAACUACUGCAGCAGAGAAAAUGUUUUGUGUAAUGCUUAUAAUGCAAAGUAAUUUGUCUUAUAUUCUGUAAAGCAGAAAAAUCAUCAAUGUUUGAUAAGUAUAUUGAAGUUUUAGCAAGGUUUUAUGUUUCACAGAUUUAAAUAUUAAAGGAGAAAUAUAUAUUUAUAUAAAAGUAUAAUUUUUGAAUGCUUGAGGUUGGAUUUCUUCAGUCAUGAACCAUUUAUUUAUCCACAUUAUGCUUUAUUCUUUUGCUAGCUUGUUUAUCUGUCCGUGCUGUUCCAACAACUAUUUGUAAUUUGGUUUAGAUGGUUUGAUUCUUUAUUUGCACAAAUAUGAAUGUGCAUGCUGUCUGGACCUGAUCAUAAAGUGUAGAGGCAAAACUGUUCUGUCCUUGAUUACCCAGAGCACUAAUAAAUAUUUAAUCAUUAAAUAGUUGUGAUGCAGAGAUAGGUCUUGACAUAAUCUUCCUUGGAUCACUGUGCAGUAUGAUAAAAACUUUCAGUGAAUUUUACUAUUUCUUGUUCCUAUUUUCAUUUGUCUUUCAUCAACCAGGAAGCUGCUGUGUGCUAAUAAUUACCUGCAAUAUUUGUAAUUGCAGGCAUUGCAAACAUUAACAUUCAGCUGUACUAGCCUACUGUGUUCACUGUGAAAUUUUCAACAUGGUAAAAAUUUUACAUGAUCAUUUAACCUUACAAGUUUACUUUUUUCAUCACUAAUUUAACACUGAAACCUUAUUUUGGUUUUUUAUUGUUUUGGUUUUUUUUUUGGUCAUUAUUGCAAAUGAGCAUAGCAUUGCUUAAUCUUAACUAUAAUAGAUAGACAUAUUCUAAGCAAAGAUUUUUUAACCACUUGUUGAAGGGGCCAGGCACCAUCCAGUGCAAAGCAUGCUGGGCAAAAUCUUAUCCCCACUGCAGUCAGUGCCAAAAUUCUAACUGGUGUUAACAAAAACAGAACCAUUGUCACCAAGGGGUUAAUAUGCUUAGUAACCAUGACGAGAGGUUAUGGAGGAGCACAACAGUGAUUCUCUAUUUCCAUAUCUUUGUUUCUGUUAAUUUAAAACUACUACUAUUCAAUCUUUAAAGUAAGUAAAAGAAACUUGAAGGGGGGAUCAUAUACUACUAGUUUGUAUUAGUUUUUUUCAGGAAAAGGAGACAAAUUUAUAUAUAUAUAUAUAUGCUAUAUAUUUUUACACUGUUUAUUAAUGCUAGAAAGUAUUAAAUGUAUCACUUUAUCAGUGUGAAUGUUAAAGUAAUGACAAUGUUAUGGAUGUUUUAAACCUUUUAGAGUUGUCUUCUUAAAUUCUAAACCCACAUUAACAAUGGAAAAGCUACUUUGUCUGCAACAUUAUUGGUGGUGUUUUAGGGAAAAAGUUCAAGUACAGCAGUUGUUCAAUUAGCACUGUAAAAGCUUGGCUUGAAAAAUCUGUAGUGAAAUCCAUAUUGUAAACACCAUUUUUUAAAGCAUAGCUUCUCAUAAAGUACGUUACUGCUGUUACUGACUGUAUAAGAUUUUAUCUUUAGUUGGUAAAGUGAUCAAUAAAUGUGUUACUACAUCA